CGAAUUUGAGAGAGUGGGCAUCGAUGAUUCAUCGGGGAAUUUCCAUUGAUCACGGAAACGACGAUCUCGCCGCACGGUGCCGCGGAAAAUGUGGCCAGAAUGUCUGGCACAUCGGGAAUCAAGCCAUCCGUGAUAUUCCCAAGGAGCAGCAACGGCGCGAAGCCAAAGAGCAGAAUCUGCAAACUGACCUCGUCGAAAUCGCUCUCCCCGUUGACUGGAAACUCGUCGAGGAACAAGCCGCAGGAAUCGUCCACGGACUCACCCUCGUCGAGUCCAGCCAAGUCCUCCGUCGCCUCGUCGUCGCCUCGUCGAGCAGCUCAGAGCGUCGAGACCGGUAAAAAGUCGCCGAGAAAGUACCCUCAGCCGGACGAGCGGCAGCAAGCGCAACAACAGCAUUGCCCCAAGGCUUCUCCCAAACGUUCACCCAGGAGAUACAUAUCGGUGUUCGAGGAGGACUUCCUGCAAGAGGAGAUGGGUCUCGGUGUUCGUAUCUCGUCCACGGCCGGUGGUAACGAGGCGGGGAUGUCGUUUCUGGAAUUCGAGUCGCUUUACACGCUGGAGAAGGAGUUGAUGCAGUCGCGGCAAGAUGUAGGUCAAGCGGACGACAAGUGCGUGUUCGGCGGGUGGUUCGGUAGACGGGGUCUUUACACGGAGCUGCCUGACCCGGUGUACCAGCAAGCGAUCGCCGCGGCCGCUGCGUCGUCCCAGAUCCCGACAGAGGGAUUCAGCUUCGCACCUGGGUGGUCCCUGAACGUCGAGCAUUUCUAUCAGUGGCAGAAUCGUGGGAAAACCACGCAGCAGAUCUAUACCGAUUGGGCCAACUACUACUUGGAGCGAGGCGGGUGCAAGAGAAGGGUGACAGACCUUCAGUCAGACCUCUGCGACGGUGUCCUUCUCGCUGACCUAGUCGAGGCAGUCACCAAUCAGAAGGUGAUCGACGUGAACAGGAAGCCGAAGAACGCUCAACAAAUGGUCGAGAACGUGAGCCUGUGCGUAGGAGCGCUCCGAGCUCUUGGGGCGGACGUCGGCUCCGUGAAUCCUAGCGAGUUGGCCGCGGGAUCAACCCUCUGGCCGAUCCUCGCCCUUCUUUUCGCCCUCUCGCGAUACAAGCAGAGAGCCAAGCAGCUUCAAGACAUGCCAAGAUUGCCGUCUCCGUACAACAAGCAGUCGGCAGUCGGCGGUGCAGGUGGCGGACCUGGCGCUGGGACCACGAGCAUACCCUUGCCUGCCACCGUCGCUGCCACCAGAAGAUGUCCUCCAGACAAGGUUAGGCCCGCUCCGACGCCGACGCAUCAAUCGCAACUCGGUGAGUUUCCUUCGCUCGCUUAUACUUCCACCAGAGUGGAGGUGAAAACUUUCUAA